AUGAUGAUUCCCAGGCGUUUCUUCGGGCACGAUGAAGAAGCGUUUCGAUUGGCGGUGGAUUGGCAACACUCACGCCUCCUCGCAACGGCGGCGGCGGCGGCAGCAGCAGCAGCAGCAGGGGAUAGCCAAGGGGCAACAGGAGGAGCAGCGGCUGAAGGAGAAAAAGAAGCGGUGGCACGUAGGGGAGGAACGGGAACGUUUGUCGCGUUCACGAGCCACGCCCGCGGCGCCAGGGGCCGCGAGGCGCUAUCGGCGGCCCUGUCCCCGACGUCGGUGCUGACGGCGGCCCACAACCGGGAGCAGGGCGGGUGCUUCAUAGUGCGGGCGAGCGCGGCCGAUGUGGAGUCCCUGAUGUUGCUGCUCGAGGAGGAGGAGGAGUCAGGAGGCCCCGAUGGUGGUAUUAGUGGUAGCCGCCUCUUCGACGGGUUCGUGGCCGUCCCCCCCAGCCUUAAGCUAGCGCCGUCCCUGUUGGACUACGGCAGCGAUUUUGACGCUUACGGUUUGGGUGUUGGUGUUGAUGUUAGUGGUGGUCGUGAUGGUGGUAGCGGUCGUGGUCUGGCGGGCGGCGAGAGCUCGAACGCGGGGGCCCCGGGACUAGCACCUGCUGCCGCGACCGGCGCGAUGGCGUCGGGGGAGCGGCGCGGGGCGGGAACGUUGCCGGGGAAGGCGUUGCGGCACAACACCGGGGGGGAGGGCUUGGUGGUGCAGCUGCUGCUGUCCCCAGAAACCACCGGCAGCAGAGAGAGCGCGCUGGCGGCCCUCGCGCAGAGCUGGAAGCGAGGCUGGUCUUCGGACUUGUUAGACCUGGGCAGGUUGUCCUUCUGGUCGGACGCUGAUGGCCACCGCCCGCGUGAGGCAGGCGACGAGCAGGCUCCUCCUCCUCCUCCUCCUACUGCUGCGGAUUUCCUGGCGAGAGAGUGGGGCAGCGCGGCCCGGACGGUGCACGCCCUGGCCGAGCGGCUCGGCGGGGUCUCCCCCGCGGAGGCGUGCGGGUGGAACGACGUCAGGGUGGCGGCGGAAGGAGGAGGUCGGUCGUCAUCGGCCGGCUGGGUCACCUUGCGCGACAUCGGCCACCUCCUUCACGGCGCCGAAAGAGACGAGCGUGCCCAACCCCCCCGGCAAGCUCGUUCUUCGGACACCAGCGGCGGCGGCGGCGGCGGGAACGGGAACCGUUCGGCAGGGAGCUCCGGCGGCCACCCUGCGUCGGGAGACGGUGGAAUGGAUGACGGCAGUGGUAGCGCUAGCGCCAGCGAGCGAGAGAAGACGGCGUGCCUGAUGGGGCUCGUUUCCUUCCUGGCGGCGAGGCCCGAGGUGGCCAGGGUGUCGGCGCUGCCGAGGGCGGAGCUGUUCAACGCCGUGGCCGGUCGCAUCGUGCAGGGAGGCUCGGCGACGACCCAGCCGAUCUGGGACCGUGGGGUGGACGGGUCGGGAGAGGUGGUCCAGGUGGUCGACUCGGGUAUCGACGAGGGCUCCUGUUUCUUCAGGGACUCGGCGACUACCCUAGGCCCCGACCACGGGUACCUCCGUGACUCCGACGGCACCCUAGGGGCUGGAGACUACACGUACGACCUCUCACAGCGAAAGUACGACUGCGACGUGUACUGGGAAACCGCAUGCCUCUCCGACGAUCGAUCGGAGACUCUCGAGGACGCCAAGGGCGUGGCCCCGGGGGCGAAGCUGGCCGUCCUUGACCUGGGAUCGUCGGACAGCCUGGAACAAGCGCUGGGGGGUACGAUGUGGGAGGUCUCCGCCGGCACGGGAGCCAGGAUCCACUCGGCGUCGUGGGGCUUCAUAGACGAGCCUUGCACGGUUGACGACUCUGCGGUUUCUUUCGACGAGUGGGCGUACGAGAACCCGGAGCACUUGCUGGUGUUCGCCGCCGGCAACCUGGGUGACGACAUGGAAGGCUGCAGCAUCGCGUCGCCGGCGUUGUCGAAGAACUGCCUCGCCGUGGGGUCGAGCAUGUCGGGCGAGUUACGCCUGUCUCCCGGAGACCUUGACGAGGUGUCGGACUUCAGCAGCUUGGGGCCCACGACGGAUGACAGGAUUAAACCCGAUAUCUUGGCUCCUGGACACUACAUCUUCAGCGCAUCCAAUGGGGGCGAAGGUUCGUGCCAGCUUGACCGCAACUCGGGCACCAGCAUGAGCUGCCCCAUCGCCGCCGGAGCCGCGGCCCUGGUGCGGCAGUACCUUGUGGACGGCUUCUAUGCCGACGAUGUGGCCGCUAGGGGCUCGCUCUGCGCCGCGGCGACCGAUCCAGCCUGGGCCUGCGACGCCUUCAGCCCUUCGGGGGCCCUCGUGAAGGCGCUGCUCAUCCACGGGGCGGACGCAAUGGGCGGCAGCACCGACCCCGAUGGCCAGAGAGGGUUCGGCCGCAUCAACCUCGACUCGGCCUUGCCCUUCGAGGGGGAGGGCGUGUGGGCGUUGUACAUGGAGGACGCCGAUGGCUCCACCACGAGCGCGGGACAGGUCGAAGCCGAGGAGACGGAGGUGCGGACGUUCACGGUGUCGGCGGAAGACGCGGACACAGCGGCGGCCGGGGGGUCGGGUAGCGGGCCCGGGGGCAUCCGAGCGACCCUGGUGUGGAUGGACCCUCCGGCCACGACUUCGUCCUCGGUGCAGCUGGUGCACGACCUCGAUCUCUUCGUAGAGGGUCCCGAUGGCACCACCUGGACCAUGUCGGGGCAGUGCACCAGCGACCAGGACUCGUGCAUCCUCGACGACCGCAACAACGUCGAGCGCGUCGUGGUACCGGCGUCCGACAUCACCGCCGGCACCUGGACCGUCACCGUCUCCGCCUCCAAGGACCUCGUGGAGGGCGGGCCCCAGACCUACGCGCUGGCGGUGUCCCUGCCGAUCUCGAUCGCCGAAGCCGAAUCCACCGCCGCCCCCACCACCCCCGCCCCUACCACCGCCGCCCCCCGCACCACCCCCCCAUCUGCCUCGCCUACCGCCGGGCCGCUGACGGGGACCCCCGCCGGGGCCGUCCCCGGGACCCCUUCUCCGACCGCCGCCGCCACAACGGGGUUAACGCCUUCUCCGCCAACGCCUUCUCCGCCAACGCCUUCUCCUUCUUCCGGGGGAACGGCGGCGGCGACAGCGACGCCCGCCCCGACGCCCGACGGGACGGGAGCUGCUACGGGGCGGCCUUCUUCUGCCGCCGCGCCUGUCGAUGGCGAUGACGAUAGCGAUGGCGGUGGCGGCGGCGGUGACACGCCGGCGCCGUCGUCGAUCAUCAUCGCGUCCCCGGGGGGCGGCGACGCCCCCGCUACCCUGGCCCCGGUGAUGGCGAUCGCGUCUCCGGGAACGGGCGAGGACUCGUCGAUCGGCGAGGGCUCGACCCCGUCCCCGUCUGCUAGUAGCAUCGACGAUAGUCAUGAUGAUGACGAUAGUCAUGAUGAUGACGAUAGUCAUGAUGAUGACGAUAGUCAUGAUGAUGAUGAUGGCGGGGACGGCGGGGACGGCGCUCAUGCGAUCGGCGGGACUCCAUCGCCGACGGAAGGCGUUGAGGAAGCGGGGACGUCGUCGGGGGCGGCGGCGGUGGUUGUCGGAGGUGGUGGCGGCGGCGGGGGAAGGUUGUUGUUGUUGUUGUGUGUGGCCGCGGCUGCUGUCCUUGCGACGGCGGCGGUUGGAGGACCGGGGUCGUUGUCGUCCGCUUGGUGAGGUGGCGGUGAAGGUGGCAGCGGAGACGGCGGAGGGAUCCCGGUGCGUUGGAGACGCUAGGUGUUGAGUUUUACUGCUCUUUUCGUGAAAAUCAGUCGGGUUUUUUUUUCAUGUGCCGGUUCGUACGUUGGUUGAGCCGCCGUGAGAGGGAAGUAGAGAGCGCCGCCCAAUCGUGUCAUCAUCUUCACUCGGCGUCUGUUCUGUUUUGUGAGGGAAGUGGAUGUGCUUCAUGUCGAGGGAGUGGGAACUUUCGACGACGACGAGGACCCUCUUUUUUUAUGCCGGAGUCCGUGUUCUGCUGACAGUACCGCGCGAGAGCGCAUGUCGUGCUCUCAUGCAGACAGCCGUGCUUGUGUGAGUAGCGACGAUGGUGGUCCUAUGUUUGCUAACCCGAUGGCGUCGUGGCAAAGUAAGUGAGGGAAGAUAUAGCACGGCGUGAUGCAGGGACAGCGGCCGUCAGUCAGCGCUGAAGAACAUUACAAUCCCAGUACGUUGGUGCGUGCCUUUUUUGCGUUAAAAUCUACUCCUAAGUAGAAUAGCUUAUCUUCGCCGUUGUGGUUGUUGUCGUCGUCGUCGUCGUCGUCGUCAAAGUUGCGUGUUUUUGCGUGCUGUGCCGGAGAAACGAUGCCGGUCGUAUGUGGUAUAUAGGUAUCUUUUUGCAUCGUUUGUGUGUCCCUUGCGACGUGAGUGAGAAGAUGCGUGUUUCGGCGGUUGGGUCUGUUGGUUCCUUCCUGUUGUGUCGUCCUUAUUUUCUCCGUGCAGCCUUUGCGACGUUCGCUUGCAAAAGCCGAGUCCUCCCACAGCCAGAAAAACACCCAUGCACACUCCGCAUUGUGGUGCGUUAGUUCUCUUUUGUUCUUUUUUUCU